CUCGAAGCAGUUUCUGGAAUCACUGGCAGAGGCUGAACCUGCCCACUGCCAAGAUGAUCCUGACAUUGCUGCUCAGCCUUGGGGGGGCCCUAGGCUGGGGGCUGCUGGGGACCUUGGCCCAGGCGCCUGGUACUAGGCUGCCUGGGGUCUGGAGGGCAGAGGCUGAGGACGUCGGCAGGGAACCCAUCAGACGUAACUGGUGCCCCUACCAGAAGUCCAGGCUGGUCACCUUUGUAGCCACUUGCAAAACAGAGAAAUUCCUUCUUCACGCGCAGCAGCCGUGUCCCCAGGGAGCUGUGGACUGCCAGAAAGUCAAAGUCAUGUACCGCGUGGCCCACAAGCCGGUGUACCAGGUCAAGCAGAAGGUGCUGGCCUCUGUGGCCUGGAGGUGCUGCCCGGGCUUUGCUGGCUCUGACUGCCAGCACCAUGAUCCCAGUGCGACCCCUGAGCCUGAAGAUCCAGGCGAUGGCCUCCAGGAGCACUGGGAUGGGCCCAUUGGCUUGGAACCAGGCCACCCGGCUGCUGAGACCAACAACAUCAUGGUGCGGCAGGAACGCCUGCUGAGAGACGUCCAGAAUGACAUUCACCACAUGGCAGAGAGCCUCCCAGGCCUGGGGAAGGCCCCAGCAAGCAACCUCACAGCUGCCUCGACUGAUGCAAAUCAGGCGGAGCCUGAGUUUCCUGUCAGAUCCUUGGAGCAUUUCAGCCCCAUUUGGAGUGGCUUUAACCAAAGCCUGCACAGCCUCUUUGAGGCCAUCAGAAACCUAUCUCUUGAUGUGGAGGCCAACCGACAGGCCAUCAGGAUGGUCCAGGACAGCAGCGUGCCCAGGGCUGACUUCCAGGAGCUCAGUGCCAAAUUUGAGACCAAGGUCCAGGAGAACACCCAGAGAGUGGGCCAGCUGCAGCAGGACGUGCGGGACCGCCUGCACACCCAGCACCUUUCCCUGAACCGCUCCCUCUCUGAGGUCCAGGCCAAUGUGGACACCAAGCUGAAGAGGCUCCUUAAGGCCCAGGAACAGCUGGGGUCCAACGGCAGCCUGGUGGCGGCAGGGGCAGGCGCAGGCGCAGGCGCAGGGGCAAGGCCCGAGCCAGAGAGCCUGCAGGCCAGGCUGAGCCAGCUGCAGAGGAACCUCUCAGCGCUGCACCUGGCCAACAGCCACAGGGACGAGGCCCUGCAGAGCACCCUGGCGGACAUGAAGGCCACCCUGGCCCAGCACGUGGAUGAGAUCAAGGAGCUGUACGCCGAGUCCGACGAGAACUUUGAGCAGAUCAGCAAGGUGGAGCAGCGCAUGGAGAAGCUGCAGGGGCACCAGCAGGAGCUCCGCGAGCUGCGGGUCCUCCUGAUGGAGAGGUCGCUGGUCAUGGAGGAGAGCAAGGUGGAGACCGACCGGCAGCUCCUGGAGCUCAACCUCACCCUCCAGCACCUGCAGGGCGGCCACGCUGACCUCAUCAAGUACGUGGAGGACUGCAACUGCCAGCAGCUGUCCCCGGGCCUGGACGCGCUGCCGGACGGCCAGGGGAACGCCACGCGCGCCGGGUCCCCCGUGGCCUUCUAUGCCAGCUCUGCAGGAGGGGUGGCCGCCCUGCAGACAGUGAAGUUCAACACCACUCACGUCAACACUGGCGGCAGCUACUUCCCUGAAGAUGGCUACUUCCGAGCCCCUGAGCGAGGGGUCUACCUCUUUGCAGUGAGCGUUGAAUUUGGCCCAGGGCCAGGCACCGGGCAGCUGGUGUUUGGAGGCCACCAUCGGACCCAGGUCUGCGCCGCUGAGGAGCGGAGGAGUGGAAGCACAGCAGCCACCUUCGCUAUGGCCGAGCUCCAAAAGGGUGAGAGAGUGUGGUUCGAGUUAACCCAGGGAUCGGUAAUAAAGAGAAGCCCGCCGGGCACUGCAUUCGGGGGUUUCCUGCUGUUCAAGACUUGAACACUGGGCUCAGCUGCCCCGGCUUGUGGACUUGCCCAGCUCUCCUUGCCCUGGGGCUCUGACUGGGGUUGGUUUGGAGACCAUCCAAGCUGGUCUAGCUCUGCAAAGACAGAGGGCCCCCCUCUAGGCACACUGGGUUGGGUAUUUCUACGGUGAGGGGCUGGCUGCUGCUCUCUGGGCUAGACGUGGGCGGGGAGUGUGCAGCUGGGCUUGCUGUGCCUUGUGGUCCAAGGCAGUGCAGCUGGGACCCCAGCUCUGACCACCCUGACUUCUCCAGCAUCCUUGGUGUUUUGUUCCUCCUGUGGUUGAAAACUCCUGUACAACACUCACCCUCUCUCCAGCUUCUGCACAUCCCUAUCUUACGACAGAAAGUCAUUCUUUUCCAGGAAGCAUUUGUUUAGGACAGAAAUAUGGGAAACCAGUCUCCAGUCACUGCAGGGCAGGAGAAAACCAACCUGUUUGGUCUCUGUCAGUUGGAAACAGAAAUUGUCAGUUGGUCGGGUGUUAGGCCUUAGUCCCAGUCCUCCCUUGAGUUCACCUGUGGCGUUACCUUAACUUCUUUCUCUCCUUGCCUCACCCAGGACAAAGGCCAGCACAGGCCAAGCGCGAGCUAAAAUGUGCCUGGUUCCACCUUUUUACUUCCUCUUGAGGCUAGGCCACCCUAAUUCUUAUUAGCAUCUCCACCAGGAAGGGAGCGGAGAGAGGAGGGAGGGAGACCGUAGCAUCUCCCUUGUCUUCCUCACCCUGUAAUAAAGCAGCGUCCUCCCAAGCUCUGCCUGGUUUACUGAGGGAGGAGAUGUGGGGAAGGGGUGGGGACGUGGGACAAAAUAAAACUAUUUGCGAUAAA